GUUGACGGAGAUGAUGAUCACACUUUGCGGACAUUACAUUAUUAUCUAAACUGUUCAUCCGUAACCUCAUCUCCACGACCCGACAAUGUCCUUUUUUUCCCAACAGAAACCAGGCGAGUUACCACCAGCGUAUGGUACGACACCAGGCGGAUUCGGUGCUGCCCAACAGGGAGCAUCGGGGUUUAGCGGAUUUGGUACACCGAGCGGGUCUUUGCAACAGCCGCAGCAGCAGCAGGCCACGACUGGGUUUGGUGGGUUUGGGACUUCUCAGCCGCAACAGACGGCGUCUACGGGGUUUGGUGGAUUUGGAACUUCUCAGCCAGCUGCAGGGGCUAGUACGACGGGAUUUGGUGGGUUCGGGACGUCUCAGCCGCAACAGACGGCGUCUACGGGCUUUGGUGGGUUUGGAACUUCCCAGCCACAACAGACGGCAUCAACAGGAUUUGGUGGAUUUGGAACAUCCCAACCACAACAGACGGCAUCAACAGGGUUUGGCGGCUUUGGCGGUACCUCCCAACCACAACAACAACCCACUUUUGCUGGAUUUGGCGGAUUCGGAACCACGACGACGACACAAGCACAACAACCGAGUUCAUUGGGAUUUGGUGGAUUCGGUCAACCUCAGCAACAACUAUCGACCUUGGGUGCAUCGCAACCACAGGUGGGAUUUGGGGGUGGGUUAGGAGGUCUCACGACACAACAGCCACAAGCCAUUGGCGUUACCCAACAAGGGUCGCAACAACUUGCCAUGGCGAUUGCUGCUCAAAUACAGGCAUCUGCUGCAGCGUGGGAUGACCGGGACCCACGAUGUCAAUUCAAGCAUUACUUUUACAAUAUUGUACAUCCAUCUGAAAUCCAGCGCUAUGGACCACCACAAGGAACGGACUUGUCAUUAUAUGAGCAAGCCCAACGCGACAACCCAGAUUCAAAAUGUAUGGUUCCUGUACUCGCUGUCGGCUUUGGAGACAUUAAAAAGCGAAUCGCACAGCAAGAUCAAGCCUACCAAGCGCAUAAAUCCAAACUCGAGGAAAUCAAAACCCAAGUAGAAACCCUCCAACGAAAACAUUACCUAGACACACUCCCCAAACUAGAGGAAUAUAAACGCAAACAAGCCGUCCUUGUCGCCAAAGUCCUACAACUAUUGAAACAAGUCCAACUGAUCCGUAACCGCGGCUACUCAAUCCGCGCCGAAGAAGAACGCUUCAAAUCCCGUCUCGAAGCCAUGCAACGCGAUCUUCAAAAACCAUCCGUCUUUCGAGGGAGGUUGAAUGAGAUUUGGGCGUUUAUGCAGCAAACAAAGAGCUCAAAACAGUUUUCGAUGACGGGGGGUGUGAGUGAGGGGUAUCAGAUUGCGGAUGAGGAGCAGCUCAAGUUGAUGUUUGAGACGUUGGCGGGUCAUCAAAAGGGACUAUCGGUUUUGACAGAGGUGUUGCAGGAAGAUAAAUUGGAUGCUGAUAGGAUGCUAAAAGGGUAUGCCGAGGCUGGGUUGGAGCCGAGAUGACGGACGGGCGGUAGCAAUGUAUAAUGAAUGGAGUGUAUAUAGCCAUGAGGGUGUUGUUUUUUUGCUAAAAGAGGGUCGGCUGGUGAUAUCCUAGCGACUUAUGUAAUGGUUGCAAAAAUCAACACGCAGAACACAAACCCUAUAUUUUGAAAGGCAA